CAAGAACAAUCGUCGGUCGCGCAGUCCAUCUUUGGUAGAAACCGACGUCCAAUUGCACCACUCCAGCUGUCUACUGCCGACUUUGAUUCCAUCUGAAUUGAUAGGCUUCGGCGACAGUCUUUUUCAGCAUGGCGUCUGUCAAUUACAUCCUCUAUGAGGCCCCGAUGGGCUAUGGUGUUUUUCAGGUCGAACACCAAGCUGACAGCAUCGGUCUUCGCUCCAAGGAGACCCAAGAAACCCUCAAUGACCUUUCGAAGUUUGGCAAGAUGGUCAAACUCCUCAACUUUACCCCAUUCCAGACCGGAAAGGAAGCCCUAAGUGAAAUCAACAUGAUCUCGGAGGGUCAAAUGUCCGAUAACCUGAAAUCCAUCCUCGAGCUCAAUCUCCCCAAGACGAGCGGAAAGAAGAGCAAGGUCGUCCUCGCCGUCGCCGAGAAGAAUUUGGCCAGCAUGAUCAAAUCCACCUUCAACGGUAUCGAAUGCGAAACGAGCGAGACGUCCGAGGUGGCCGCCGACUUCCUGCGCGGCGUUCGCCUGCACGCCGACAAGCUGCUCAAGGGCCUGCAGACGGGCGAGUCGGCCCAAGCCGGCCUCGGCCUCGGCCACGCCUACUCGCGGAGCAAGGUCAAGUUCAACACCACCAAGAACGACAACCACGUGAUCCAGGCCAGCGCCACCAUCGACUUCCAGGACAAGGGCGUCAACCAGUUCUUCAUGCGGGUGCGGGAGUGGUACGGCUGGCACUUCCCCGAGCUGAUCAAGAUCGAGUCGGACAACCUGACCUACGCCAAGCUGGUGCUCGCCAUCGGCGACAAGUCGACGCUGACGGACGACAAGGUGGACGACAUCGCCGCCAUUGUCGACCAGGACGGCGAGAAGGCCCAGGCCAUCAUCGACGCGGCCAAGGUGUCCAUGGGCCUGCAGAUCACGCCCGAGGACAUGGAGAUCGUCAAGGGCUUCGCCGAGGCGGUCGUCCAGCAGGCCGAGGCCCGCCGCGCCACGGCCAACUACCUCGACCGGAAGCUGCACAUCGUGGCCCCCAACCUGCAGUGCCUCAUCGGCACGCCCGUGGCCGCCCGCCUCAUCUCCCACGCCGGCUCGCUGACCAACCUGUCCAAGUACCCGGCCUCGACGCUCCAGAUCCUCGGUGCCGAGAAGGCCCUCUUCCGCGCGCUCAAGACGAAGAGCAACACCCCCAAGUAUGGUCUCAUCUACCACAGCAGCUUCAUCGGCAAGGCUGGGGCUCGUCAUAAGGGACGCAUCUCGCGCUACCUCGCCAACAAGUGCAGUAUCGCCAGCCGGAUCGACAACUUUUCUGAAGAGCCGUCCGUCAGGUUUGGUGAGGUGCUGCGCCAGCAGGUCGAGGAUCGGCUCGAGUUUUACGCGUCAGGGAAGAAGCCCGCUAAGAACGCGGAUGUAAUGGCAUCCGUGCUCAAGACCAUCGAAGGUGACGCCAUGGACAUCGAUCAGUCCCAGCUCGCCGCUCCCGCCGCCGACGUAGGAGAAAAGGAGAAGAAGUCCAAGGACAAGAAGGACAAAAAGGAGAAGAAGGACAAGUCCGACAAGAAGGAGAAGAAGCGCAAGCGCGAGUCCGAAGUAGGCGCCCCAGAAGAGCCCGCAGCAGGCGGCGAUGGCGAAAAGAAGAAGAAGAAGAAGAAGAAGUCCAAGCACGAUGACUAGAUAAGCGCAUCUUGGGGUCGGCUUUUUCUUGGCUUGUCUCGGCUCGUUCGUUUCUGUUCUGUGUUCUUGCUUACGGUCUUUGGUUGGAGUUGCAAGGGAUCUACGGCAUGAGGAGUUUCUUUGGGCAAUUUCGAUGUCUUGUCUUUGCAUUGGCGUCACAUGUUAGACGCGUCUAUGUACCAUCUCAUGAAGGUUCAUACCCAGCUCAUUCGACAGGUCCAUAAUUUCUGGCCUUGUGAUAUUUGCGUGUGACGAACAUGAGGCUUGGGCGAGUUGAACAAUGUCCAAACAGCCAUACCGUUGCUAUUCCCUGUGGUAAGGGCUAACUAACACGGAAUUGUUCAUACGCUACAUAAGGGGGCCGGCCACACAAUGCAAGCAAUUAAUCAUCUUUCAAUUCAUUCCCCUUUCCAUCGUG